AUGGCGCUUGUUGAAGCUUCGUCUCGGCCGGCGACUUAUCCCCCGCUCGAAGAGAAGAAGCCCCUUCAGGAGCCUCCUCCGGUGGUGAUUACGCCUUGCGACCCGUGGCCACGGCCAUAUUUUCUUGAAAAUGGUCUGCGGCGGGUCGCGCCGUACCAUUUCACGUACAAUACCUACUGCAAGGAGAGAUGGCGCGGAAGAGAAUUGCUGGAUAUAUUCGCGAGCGAGUUCAGAGACAGGCCACUGGAGUACUAUAAAGAUGCCAUAGAACGCGGAGCGGUCACAGUGAACGGUAAGCCCGUGCCUACAACACAGCACAUAGUCAAGAACGGGGAUGUUAUAUCCCAUACCCUACAUCGGCAUGAACCUCCUGUUACCGCAUUGCCCAUCUCUGUCUUGCACGAAGACGAAGAUAUGAUUGUGAUCAACAAGCCGUCUGGAGUCCCAGUGCAUCCAGCUGGUCGUUACAACUACAACUCGGUAGUGGAGAUCAUGAGGGCAGAACGAGGACACGCUUGGAACCCGCUGCCAUGCAAUAGGCUUGAUAGAUUGACAAGUGGGGUCAUGUUUAUUGCGAAGCAUCCAAAGUCUGCAGAGGCGCUAAGCAUACAAAUCACCCAAAGAACUGUCAGGAAGGAAUACAUUGCCAGAGUGAAGGGAGAAUUUCCCGAUGGUGAGGUUGUUUGUGACAAGCCGAUUCUGCAAAUAUCUCCUAAGCUAGGACUCAAUCGUGUUCGAGCAAAUGGAAAGUCGGCCCGCACGGUAUUCAAGAAGCUCGCCUACUACCCGCCUACACUCGACAAAGAGUCAUCGCAGCUAGGCGAAGAUGAUAAUUCCCGACCCGGCACUGAAGAAGGAUACUCGGUUGUGAGGUGUCUCCCUGUGACAGGGAGAACGCAUCAGCUCCGGGUCCAUUUGCAAUUUUUAGGUCAUCCAAUCGCGAAUGAUCCGAUUUACUGCAACAGGCGCGUUUGGGGCGACAGGCUCGGAGCUAACGAUGUGGAUGCCUCCCAGGAUACGGACGAAGAUAUCAUAACUCGACUCUCGCGAAUGGGAAAGUCAGAGGUUGCUGAUGCCGUCGCAUACCAUGAUGAAAUGGUGGACGAAUAUAACAAAAAAAAGGCCGAGAAGAUGUCAGGAGAGCUUUGCGAUGUCUGCCAGACGCCCCUUUACACUGAUCCUGGUGAGCAGGAACUUUCCUUGUGGUUGCACAGCCUCCGUUACGAAGAUGCCGGAGGAUCUUGGAGCUAUCUCAGCCCUCUGCCAUCAUGGGCUCUGCCCCCUCAAGGCUUCGAUGGGCCAAGAGAAGUUGGCGGGUUGGAAGAACUUGUCUCGGCGGUGAAAGAUGACAAUCCAGAGAUUGCAUAG